UGCCCUGAGCAGUCGACUGCUCAUCUUCCAAAUCUCGCCACUGGAGCCAAGUGUCUUAAAAUAGUUCGACUGAGUGUAUAAAGAGACCCACAGAGAGGCUCGUCCCUCAGACCAAACAGCAAGAGAGACAUCCACUCAUUUUUUCUGCAGAUCUACAACCAAGCUUGUUGAGCUUUUUUUUUUCGUUGCUGGAAUAACCUCAUCAUUUUCUUUUUGCAAGAGCAACGGAAAGUUUGGCUCCGGCUAUGAUGAAGUUCUACCAAUGCCCCGUGUCCAAACCUGUGGGAGUCGCAGAUUACACCAAGGACCGCGGAGUCUCAGCGAGCUGCAAGAGCUCUGCUCCUCUGAAGCACAUCCGCAGUGUUCACUUCCCCAACGACAUCCUCUUCCAGGACUACGUGCGGGAAGGCGAGCUGGAGAGGAUCGGACGCUUCAUCCGAGCCAGGAGAGUCAACCUGGACACCAUCUACCUCUCGGGCAUGGCUGCCAUUCACGAGGCCGUCCUGUCUGGGAAUCUGGAGUGUGUGAAGCUACUGGUCCAAUACGGAGCAGAUAUCCACCAGAGAGACGAGGACGGGUGGACCCCACUGCACAUGGCCUGCAGUGACGGCUUCCCACACAUCGCCCGCUACCUUCUCGCGUUGGGUGCUGACCAGGAGCUGGAGAACGACUGCGGGGAGAGGCCGGCUGACCUCAUUGACCCCGACAACAGGGAGCUACUGGAGCUCUUUGGGCUGGUGGUCAACGACUGAUCACAGCUGGCUUUAAAAAGUCACAGACCCCCAGUCGUCCCACCGCUCUGCAGCCGUGGACAGAAAAGGCUCCGUCAGUGGAGCUGUGGUGAUUCAGAGAGCCUCCGCCUCAGAUCGGGAGGUGGAGGAGUCGUCGUGUGUUGGUGGAGGAAGGGGUGGACGGAGGCAACUGGCUGCCUCCCCAUGUGUGGAGUGAACUUUGAAGCAGGCAGGGGUUUCCCUCUGAUCCGUGGCCGUACAGAUUUACUCUGUACAGUAAGAGCAUUUGAUAUUUGCAUCAUUUGACUUUGAGUUGUUGAUUUUAUUUAGGCAUGUUGGCUCAAACCAAGAGGGUUCAGAUGUUGCGAAACCUGGACCCGUCGCUGUUGCUCAGCUCGUUAGGACCGCUCUGACAGAAUGCACUCCUCUGUACGAUAAGAUUAGAAAUUGUGUUGUGACACAUUUGCUUACGGUUUAUCAGAAGUGAUUGUUCUUCUUUUCUAUCUUUGUUGAUUAUUAUUUUUUAUACAUGGGUUUUUCAAAAUAAACUUUUUCUAU